AUGAGGAUCAUCGCCACAGAAUAUAAGAUAUCGUCUUCUGCUUUGCGUGAAGCCUCCUAUAGUAUUCUCAGGUCAGCGCAUUCUUUCACUCCCUCUCUUCCCCACCUCACCACUCCCUCUCUUCCCCACCUCACCACUCCCUCUCUUCCCCACCUCACCACUCCCUCUCUUCCCCACCUCACCACUCCCUCUCUUCCCCACCUCAUCCCACCUCACCACUCCCUCUCUUCCCCACCUCAUCCCACCUCAGUGACCUCACCACUCCCUCUUCCCCACUUCAUCCCACCUCACCACUCCCUCUCUUCCCCACCUCAUCACCACCUCACUCAUCACCACUCCCUCAUCACCUCACCACUCCCUCAUCACCCCCUCCCCCACUCCAUCACUCCAGGAAGGCCGGCGCUGCGAGGCCGCGGAGCGGAAAGUCUCGCCUUAUUUACAUAUCUCGAGACUAUUUUCUCAAGGUAA